UAUUUCUAGUGUUUAAAUAGCCAAAUUGACCACACUGCCAGCAGCAGAAGUGUUUUUAUUUUCUGCGCGGAUUUGUGGAUUUGUGGCCCCAAUUUUGGCCCGAGGAACAGGAACAUCCAACAGCCCGCGAUCGCGAUCGGAGCAAUGGCCAACAACCUGGAGUCGCGGGUGGUGGACCUGGGAGUCGCGUGCCUCAUCUGCCUGGCGGAGGAGCCCGAGUCGAGCUCGAUCUACGGCCACGACCCGGAGUCGCCGCACAUGCUCAUCCUGGACAAGAUCCGCUGCUGCACCGGCUUCCAGCUGGCCGGCAUCGCGGCGCAGCUGCAGAACUGGCCGGACAAGAUCUGCAGGCAGUGCCACCUGGAGUUGUCCGUCUCCUAUCGCUUCCACGAGAAGUGCGCCGCCGUCCAGAAGCUAUUCCACUCGGCUGUCGCCUCCUCCUCCUCCUCCUCCUCCGCCACCGCCACCGCUGUCCCCGCCCCGCUGCUCCACGACCAGCAGCAGGAGCAGCUUAAAAUGGAUCUGGUUCAGGCCCAGCUGCGGCUGCCCGCCACACUGAAGAUCAAGCGGCUGGACAUGGACCCCGGCUCAUCCAGCUCGGUCAGCAGUGCCAUAACCACUGCCACGGAGCCCUCCUACUACCAGGAUGUGGUCGAGGAAGAUGAGGAUGCAGACGCCCUAUCGCUGUUGCCCGAGGGAGCAAUGGUUCUGUCCCUGACCGAUCUGCAGGAGCGGGAUCCUAUCAAGGAGCAGCCAGAGGAUGAGGACUCCAAUGAGCAGCAGCUGGAGGAUGAUACCAAGAUGAUGGGCCUCGAUCCCUGGGAUGAUGACAACACCCCGGAGCAUCUGUACGAGAUCGAGACGUCGCUAAUGGAGGAGUCCGUGGCGGACAGCCCGCCUUUGCCGCCACCCCAGCCCAGCAGCCAGCAGAAAAAGCGCUCCUACCGUAGGGUCUCGCCCAUUGCCAAGCGGGAUGGACGGGAUGGGGUGUCGGAGGCGGAUCUGGACGAGGAUUACAAGCCCGCCUCGACGACCAAGCGCCGGUACGAACGCUCGCCGAAGAUCUGCGAUGUGUGCGGCAACACGUACAAGUACCAGCACGCCCUCAAUGCCCACAUGCGGCGGCACAACAACGAGCGGCCUUAUCCCUGCGAGGUGUGCCAGAAGGCCUUCAUCUCGAACGUGGAGCUGCGUCGCCACAUGCGUGUUCAUACGGGCCAGAAGCCAUACAGCUGUCGCUACUGCGAGCGGCGUUUCUCGGACUUUGGAAGCAGCAAGAAGCACGAGCGGAUCCACACCGGCGAGCGGCCAUAUGUGUGCGAGGUGUGCCACAAGGGAUUCGCCUACGCCCACGUCCUGUCCGUCCACCGGCGGACGCACACCGGCAAGAAGCAGUUCCAGUGCACGCAGUGCGACAAGGGGUUCACCAAAAAGAGCUACCUGUCGGCGCACAUGGACCAACACCGCGGAUCGGGGGGCGGCGAGACAUCGGGCUCAUCAACGACCGCUGAGGGAUCCUCUCGCAGCCUGCGUCUGCCCGUCCGGAAGGAGAACGCGCGCAAAGAGCCGGUGCGCAAGCCAAUCCCCGAGGCCUUCUCACUGGACUCCGUGGUGCUGGAGCAGACCAAGGUCCUGGAGGAGUGCAUCGUCGCGAAUGACUUCAUGUUCAAUGAGGAGGAUAAUGCCGAGGAGGAGGAGGAGGACGGCGACCGGGACGAGGUGCUGCAGCAUGAUGAGCCGUAUCCGGAGCCGGACUUCGGCGACGUCGAUGGCUAUCAGAGCGUGCGCUCGGUCAAGGAGCUCGUUGGCGAUCUGCUCGAUUCCGAGGAGUUUGUCGACGAAUCCAAGUACAUGAUAGACUAGUAUUACCCCUUGGACAGUUCUUAACUCUACUAAGGGGCUGUUCUCCUAAUGCAACGGCCCCCAAAACAUCCCCACCCCGUAGCUGUUAGUUCGCGAAAUUUAGAAACGUAAUUCUAAGAAAUCGGUGUAAAUAAAAUGAAAAGAUAUUCAGAUAAA